CCCAGAGGCAGGCUGGAGGCUUCUGAGGAAGCUCAAAUUAAUUGCAAAAAAUAGAGGAAGCCUUUAGUUUUUUGCAUAAUUUCAGGGUGGUGUGUAAGCUAAAAUUAAGUGUUGUAGAUUAUUUUCAAUCUCACAAGCUCUUGUGGAACCAGUGUCAGCAAAGAACCUCAGCUUUAGAGUCACACCUUGUUCUAAGUGAGAAGCUGCCUUAACGUUUCUUUGUGAGGCAAAGGAAAGUUCACUUUCCCUUGUUACAAGAUGAAAAUUAAAUGCCUGGUCUCUGAGGCUGGGGAAGAAUUCAAUGAGAAAAGAAUUGAAAGGUCACUGGAGUGAUCACUGGAGUCUGACCCUUCCUUCUAUUAAAAAUUUAUCUAGAGUUUCCUAAGCAUAUAAAGGAGGUGAGUCAUUUCUGAUCAAUUACAGGGACCAUAAAACACCCUUGGAAGAAGAGCAUGGUGGCCAAGAGUGAAGGCAGGGACGCAGGCCAAAAAUGAUCUAACCUUAAAGGGUGGGGACACUUCAGGUAUUUUCCUAACUGACCUUAUAAAUCACGUAUUUGACUUGAAAAUGUUUUCUUCCUUGUAAAUUCCCGGUGUUUUUGUUAGGUGUGCCUCUGGAGACUUUCUCGGGAAGACUGCCAAAUGUCAAAGUCAUCUUUGGAAAUUAUUCAAAGCCUCAAACUUUAUUAUUUUUGUACCCAAACUACGUAUGUUUAAAACGAACAGGUGUUCCUGUUAAAAAUGCUUCUCAUUUUCACCUCUCAGCUCAACAUGAGAUUUCAAAUAUGCUAAAGAGCCAGAAAUGUUUCUUCCUUUUUCAAAGUAAGAUGCUCAGCCCUCUGUCUGAAAUGUUAAAUACACAGAUGGAAAUCUGGGAACAGGGAUUUCUGUGGGGAGGGGGGUUUUGGGUAGAACUUGCACUUUAUACCCUGUGCUAUAAAAUUAAUGCAGGCAGAGAUUGCUUCAGUAAUUUUUUAUAAACAUUUAAAAACAAGGGGAAUUCUGACAUCUGAAUCUAUCUUUCCCAUCAAACACGUGGUCCCAGGAAGCUCUGCCUACCUGUGGACGGUGUAUGUGAUUGUGUAAGGAACAGACACCCUGAGAUGGCCAGUUCUUCCUGCUCUUAGAUCUUCAGUGCCCCAUGGCUCUGUCCUAUGGAGACAAAAAAGCUGUGUUGAAAACCUGACAUCUAUUUCUGACUCAGUGGCUGAGGGGCCUGCAAAAGUACCCAAGUCCUAGCUUAGCUGGACAGUGGAAGCAGACAAGUGAUUCUUUUCACUGGCCAGAGAGUCUCUCCUAAUUUCUAUACCAUAGAAAUUAGAGUUCAAGUUUAAGAUUUGACCUAAUUGUCCCCCUCUCUACCAGGUAGGUUGUUCUUUUCCCCUCUGAUAGUGAUUUGCCAAAAGUAAAAAGAACCAUGCCAAUACAAAGAGUACCUGUUACAACAGGUAAUGGGUGAGUGGCAGCCAAAGGUAUGCUAUGGCCCAGAGAACUUGGUGGUGGCACCCCACAUUACCCCACAUAAAAAUAAAUAAAAUAGUGGCAAUAAUUCUUGAUAUAAGCCAUGGAUGUGACUCUAACCUCAGGAAGCACCUGUAACAUGUAAUUUAAGAACAGCCUACUGGCUGGCAGGUGCAGCCUCAAAACAAGUCCCACCCUCCUCCUGACCAUCAACAACAGCAGCCCCCAAGUUUCUCCUGGGCACCAACUCAGCACAGCUAUCAAGAUUCAGAACACAGCUUGGAAAGGAAAUCAGGCUGGGUGGGUGACUAACAGCAUGACAUUCAGUCCUCAAGCCCAGCAGCCCCAGCCUGUUUCUUUGUGUGGAUUGGCUGUAAGAUUUUUAUAAACACCCAAAAGCAUACAGACUGUCAAAAUAUUCCCUGGACACUGAUUUGCUCACUGAGCUAUCUGACAAUGUCUAAAUUGUUUCUCUAAUCUCCAGCAACAGAGGAGGGCCAGUGAAGGGCACCAUUGGCCAGUCUUGGGCAGCAGGAAAUGUCUGAACUGGCUGCCAGGAAGCAGGGAGGCCCUGGAGGGCUGAAGCAGAUGCCGCCAUCUUCCCUCUAAGGCUGGAAUAGAGCCUGUUCUUUGGUUAGAAGGGCACACUUAUUAGGGCAAAGGACGGAAGGACAUGAUAUCACAAAGGGAAAUGCAAAUUCUGUGUAUCUGCAUGGCUGCCUUCACUAAGAAAACAGUGUCUCCCGUGUCCCAAGGGCCAAGCACACAGCCUCGCCAUGGUAUAUGUCCAGUGAACAGGUGACAACUGGGCCUCCUGCAUCCAUCACCAGGUAGAUGGCUUCUCACACAUGGCUUCUCAUUUCACAGAUUGGAAGUAGACUCAGAGACAUUCAGCCAGCAGUUCAAGGUCAACUACUAUGUUGCAGAGCAAAACCUCAAACCCAGGUUGUCUGGUUCCUGACCCUCUGCUCACUGCGUUUCACUCGUUGCUCAGUACUCUCCCCAGAGGCUUUGCAAAGGGUUUUGUGGCCCUCCUGACACAUCUAAGGAAUGAGCAGGAAGAUUGUAUUUGAUGGAAUUAUUACUGACACUAAAAGUUAAUGUUCAACCCUGGGAAGUGGCUCUUCCCUGGCAGAGUUUCCUGCUCUGACCCCCGCCCCAGGCCCCACUUGGAGCUCCUUGGACUGGGGCCUUUAUAGCUCUGUUUACAGUUCACCAAAGGCUCUCAACUUCUUGAAAAGCUGGUUUUUUCCUUUUGGGAGGAGCUGACUCUACCCUAUAUAAGGAUUUCAAGGUUGCUACUGCCCUGCCCAUGUGGAAACACCUCUCCCAGUCAUCCUGUAAAGGUCUGUGUCCUUCAGGGAGGACUUCUGUGGCACAGCUGCUUCGCCAGGACGUGAGAUCCAGCCCCCACCAUGAGGUUUCUGGUCCUCUCCAGCCUGCUCUGUGUGCUGCUGCUUUGCUUCUGCAUCUUCUCCACGGAAGGAGGAAGGCAUCCUGGGCAUCCUGCCAGGCCCUGGAAAGGCAAGCGCUGCUGUUCCCAGGCUCCUGAUCCUGUCCUGAAGACCCGCAAAGGACACCGUGUGAAGAUCUGCAGACCAUGCAAGUUCAAGCCAGAGUCCCCCUUUUGGGUGGUGCCUGGGGCGCUUCCACAGGUUUAGUGUUUCCGAAACAAGGCUCAGUUCCUGAGGCACCCAGCAGCCUAGGUUCCCCCAGCAUCCUCCCCUCGGAGCUGGGGCUGAUGGCAAAGAUCCUAAGACUUCUGGCCCAUGGAAGCCUCUGCCCACAAACCAUGAGCUUCCUCCCUCAAAGACACAGCAUUUCUCAUCUGCCAUGUUGGACUUUUCUUACACUGCCUUUUAGAAAAGCCUGAACUGAAAUUUUCUGAAAAACACAAUAUAGAAAUAAGAGCUUAGAA